AGGUUCUGAGGUCUUGGUCCUCUGAGGCUCCACCUCCUGCUGCUGUUGAGCUGAGAGCUUCUCCGUGAAACACAAACCCUCAGACGACCUGCUCCACGGCUUCUCCUCUGUCUUCUUCUUCACUCACCAUGAGCGUCGUGGCCUCAGAACACGUGUUUUUGUCCGCUCUCCAGCCCAACACCUCGGUCACUACCUAUGGACUCCCGUCGGAGGUCCAGCUCGGACACGGAGGCAGCAUGUCGGACGAGAUGUCCAGAGCGCGCCGCGUCCAGCAGCAGGUCCAGAUGAGGCUGGCGGAGAAGUCCACCCUCCCGAGGCAGAAUGGGUCGUCCUCACAGUACGCCAUGUCAGACUACGGCGGUUCUUCCACCAUGAAAUAUCAUACCUAUAACCCAAACUACAGCUCUAAAUCCUCCUACAUGUACUCGGGUGCCAGAACAAUGGGUCCACGCAUAUCCCAGAGGUCAGGCUUCACCAGCCAGUCUGCCGGCCCUGACAUGGCCCAGUUGCACAAGAUCAGUGUCGGGGGUGGAAUGGGUGUUGGAGUUGUUGGAGGUGGUGGUGGUGGUGGUGGUGGUGGUUAUUACCGAGAGGACAUACGCAUGGGGAACUACCAAGGGGUUGCGAGGCAACAAAGCCGAAUGGACCAAGAGGCCCUCUCCAUGCACGCAGUGCGGCAGGCGCAAGCGCAGGCGCAGGCACAGGUGAUUAAUCCCUGGAUGAUGGAUGGCAGCGAUGCCGCCAGUAUGGUCUCCGACCGUGACGCCACCUACCAACGGCAGUACGCUCAGAGCGCAGUCAACGGCUACACCAGCCAGGCGAGGCAAGGAGGAAGCACCAUGACCUUUACUUCACCCAUGCAACGAUCUCUUAGUGGCACUCUUUCCCGCGGCGGAGGGAUGACAGCAGGAGAGGCAGACUUCAACCAGCAACAUUCCUUCAAAGGCCCGGCCCACCGCACCAUCAACAGGAUUACAAACCGAAACCGGAUGAGCAUGGGCUCUGUGUCCGGGCAGCAGAUUAUCCCAGGUGGGAGCGUCUAUGGUGGAGGGGGGGACAGAUUGGAUGGAGGGUUCAUGGUAUCCGGAGUGUCCUCUGCUUCCCAGGGGAACCUUAUGCAGCGUAAGGGCACCAUGUCCCGGGCCAUGUCCAUCAAGAGCAUGCAGAGUGUGGGCCGGGGCGCGGACAUCUACGGUGGCCAGAUGGAGAUGGGAGCCAGCAUGGGCAACCUCAGCGGGAUCACCUCCUUGGACAUGCCCACCGCAGUGCAAAACCUGAGAGAUCCCGACCAAGAGAUGAAGGUCCUGGGUGCCGCCUACAUUCAACAUGAGUGUUACAAUGACAGCGAGGCCAAAGAUGAGGUGCGUCGCUUGAAGGGCAUCGGUGAGCUGGUGAAGCUGUUCAACUACGACAACCAGGAAGUGCAGCGUUAUGCCACUGGCGCCACACGCAACCUCAUCUAUGAGAACAUGGACAACAAGGUGGCCCUGAUCGAGGAGGGCGGCAUCCCACAGCUGGUCGAGGCCCUCAAAGAGUCUGACGAAGAGCUCCACAAGAACAUCACUGGUAUCCUGUGGAACCUUUCAUCCAAAGACAACCUGAAAGAGAAACUGGCCAGGGAGACGCUUCCUCAGCUGACUGAGAAGAUCCUCAUCCCUCUGUCAGGCACCGGAGAAUCUGAGGGCAUCCAUCAGUCGCCCUCUGAGGCAGACAUCUUCUACAACACCACAGGAUGCCUCAGGAAUAUGAGCUCUGUGAACGAGAAGACCCGUCAGCAGAUGAGAGAAACAAAUGGACUGGUGGACUCUUUGGUGGGCUACAUCAGGGCUUCCCUUGAUGAAAGCAAGGCAGAAGACAAAGGGGUGGAAAAUGCAGUGUGUGUCUUGAGGAACCUCUCCUACCAGCUCUACAGUGAGAUGCCUCCAUCUGCUGUCUUGCGCCUGGAAGGACCGACCAGAGCUAAUGACACAGGGAAUGGCGAAGCCAUUGGUUGCUUUACACCUCAGAGCCGCAAAGCCAAAAAUAGCAAGAAUUAUGAUCUCUCCACUUUCAACGAGGUCGCUCGGGUGCCAAGGGGCAUGGAAUGGCUGUGGCACCCACAGAUAGUGGGGCUGUACAAACGUGUGCUGAGUGAGUGUGAGAUCAACCACACCACCCGCGAGGCAGCAGCCGGAGCCCUGCAGAACAUCACAGCUGGAGACAAGAGGUGGGCCUCUGUGCUGAGCCGGGUGGCUCUGGAGCAGGAGCGCAUCCUGCCAGUGAUGCUGGACCUCCUGCGUACCAGCAAUGAUCUGGAGCUGCGUUCUCUCACAGGCUUCCUCCGAAAUCUGUCCCGCCAUGCCAAGGAUAAGAAUGACAUGGCUGUAAAGGUGGUGCAAACCCUGGUGACCAAGCUGCCCACCGAUGGACACCAGAAGGAGCCCUCCAGCGAGGUGACGAUCAACAUCUGUGGUGUUCUCAAUAACUUGGUGACCAGCAGCACUUUAGCUGCCAGGGACAUCACCUUCUUUGAUGGCCUGCAAAAACUGGUCGGCAUCAAGAGCUCACAUGACAACAGCUCUGGGAAGAUGAGAGCAGCCAAAGCAGCAUCCACCGUUCUCAGCAACAUGUUCCAGUACAAGAAACUGCACAAAAGCUACAAACAGAAAGGUUAUACAAGACCGGAUUUUGCAGAUAUGACCAUCUAAAAUAAAAGUAAGGCCAUACAAGUUCACUUCUUUAACAGUGAUCAGGCCCACACUCCACCAGCCGCCUGUGGAGUAAAUAGACUGUUUAUAUUAUUCAAAGAUAGCGUAGGUUCAGUUCUUAUCUGCCAUACUUUUAUGACGACAACAUGCACACUAUUGAUGGAGGAUCACCCCGAUGGAAAAAGGACUUGCUGUGUGUUUUAAAUUGACGGACAGUUCAAGAAAUGUGGAUCCGGUACGCUGGACUACUGAUGGAUUCUGAUACAAAUGAGUGCACCUUAACCAUUUCCUCUUUUUAACACUGUAUGUUUUAGUUUUGGAAUCAGGGAUGUAUUCAGUUGAAACUUUCUGUUUCUGCCAGUUGAGCAACUGUUGAUGGACAGUAUGGUGGACACUUGUGCCUUGUCUUUUCACUGUUGCAACUCAAUCACAGCAGAAAUGCCAACAAGUGUAUUUUUGUAAAUAUUGCUUCUUAUUUUACACAGAAAUCAAAUGUUUUAUAUGUUGCGUAAUUUGUAUUCGUAGAUUAUGGAGAGAUGAAUAUGUGUUUAUAAAUGAGUCAAAAUAUUAACAGAGUUAUAAUUGAAUGUAAACCACAGGAUGUUUUUAGAAUUGUGGAUCUUCGAUUCGGAAAUCUGUUGAUAAUGAUUAUCCCUCCAAAGUCGACUUUUGUACUAGUUAUGUGCUUUUUAAACUUGCGCAAUCCCGUUCUUGUCAUAUAAAAUGCUGAUGAGUUACAUUUGUAAUUGCUUUGUCAAACAGAACUCAUGGAGUGCCAUGAGUUCACCAGGGGUGAAAGGGAUUCAACCCUACCUUUGAUUUCAGAACACAUAUUUGUUUUGUAUUGAAGGUCUUGCUAUUGCUAAAUCUAUCACUUAACAUUUAGACCUUAUUGAAACUUAAAUAGAUUGUCAAGUUUAAUAUUUUCAUUUUAUUUGUUUAACUUGUAAGUAUUCAUACAAAACUCUUGAAUCAGUUAUAGUUAUUACUGCCUUGAGGCAUGAAUGGUGACCUUGUGUUUCUGUGUGGCUUCUUACUGUUUUAUAUUUGCUUUUAUGUUGUGUACAAGCAGAUGUAUCAUCUGAAUAUUUUUCAGCUAAUAAAGUGAAAGAUU